CUCAACCCGACCCGGCGGUGAGACUUGGACAGCGUUGCCACCCGUGCAGCAGCUGCCAAAUUUGAGAUGCCGAUGACCUUCCGCCAGUCUAGAGCCAGGCAAAACGCGGAGUGCCGACUCUGUUUAGGCCAAGCCGAUGACGAGUUGAUUGCGCCCUGCAGGUGUGCAGGAAGUGGCAGAUGGGUGCACCGCGAAUGUUUGGAUACUUGGAGAGCUUCAGGGCAGAACCCACGAGCCUUCACACACUGCUGCGCUUGUGGCUUUCGCUACAAGCUGGUGAAGUCGACGGUCGACGGGACAACCUCGACGACUGUCUCGUGCAAGACUCGAAAGUUGCUUCUGAGGCUCUUUGCUAUCUGUGCGUUGGGUGCACUGAGUGCCCGCCUGGGCUGGUUUUUUCGUGUGAUGCCGGCAGUGCUGAUCCGCUAUUUUAGGACUCGCAAUCAAGUCGCGACGAAGGAAGUGCAACCACUACGCUCAGACCUGGCUCGCUUAGCCAAGCAGUAUGUGGUGGAACACUCCCCGUCGAUGGGCAGCCAACAAAAGGACGAGGAUCAUGCCAAGAGCUUUUGUGCUGUCGUGCUAUAUCCUUUUGAGCCCAAGCUUCCGGUCGAACCGGCAGAGCGGUUUGUGAAACUUUCCGUGGGGCAACUUGUUGAGGUCACGCAUGAGACGAGGAACGGCUGGUAUUUUGGGUAUCUACUGAGCGAUCCCCACCACGCCGGCUAUCUCCCGAAGAGCCAUGUUGUGUCCUUCUCAGGAUUUUGUCAAAUGCAGAAGAUGUACUACUCAGACCAAGCAGACAAGUUUUGAGCUUCUCGCCAAUGACGAGAAAUUUCAGCCUUCAGUUGGGGAGCACUGCUCUAGUUGCAUCUCCCUUUUUGCAGGGGGAUCUUCCGUAAUGGGCAAGCUGCGGAAUCCGCAGAAAGCUGGAAUAAAGUUGCACUCGUAACAUUAAAU